ACAUUCCCCUCUACGUAUUUCAACAGUUCGCUGCUUUACGAACGGUGUUUGUAUACUAUUUAUGUUUUAACAUAUAAAUUUGUGUCUAUUUUUCAAAUUUAUUAUUUAAUUAGUGACAAUAGUUCAGCGGCCAUUAUUUUUAUCGUCAUUUUCGAAAGGUGUGACGUUCCAAUGUCUAGGAAUGUGAAGUUAGUGAGGUUGUGAAUUGCAGUUUAUUUUAUUUGGAACUAGUUCACAACAAAAGGGACAAAGUUUUACACAACAUGAUGACGAGUUGGGACCGAUGCAGGACAGCUAAAGACUGUAUAAAUAACGAAAGUACGAUACCCCUGGAAAGGCUCGAUGAGAAAGUAAAUAGCACACAAGAAGAUGACAAUUCCAACACAUCCUUCAAUUUUGUUUUUAAAAUGGAAACAAAUUCGCCUUCAGGCGAAGUUAAAACAGAAACAAAUACUCAAAGACCUAUUAUCUACACUACUCGACUCGAAGACAUGACCAUAUUUCUUCAAGAUUGUGUCGAACUUAGUCUUAAAGAAAUCAAUGAACGUAUUGAACGAGAAAGCACACCUUUAUUUAAAAACCUUAACAAUCAAACCACUGAUGUAGAACUCCAAGGGCUUUUUUACAGAAAUAUGUUAGAAAAAUUAAAAAAUUAUAAACUUAAUGUUAACAGUUAUGUGGACAACUUCAAUAGAGCAGACGAAUAUAGAGUUACGGUACCGGGCGCUAAACCACUGAGUGAAGAAAAAAAUAAAGGAAAAAUUGAUACAUCAACAAGAGAAAUGAACACUGCUACAUCAGCGACACAUAUUAGAAAAUCCAAUUCAAAAAAUUAUGCUGAAAACCUAAACAAAACCAAUAACAAUGUCAAAGUGGAAUAUGUAACACUAAUCUCAAGUGAUGAUGACGACACUGAUUCGAUUAACUUAGAUAAAAUAAGAAUAAGUAAUAAAAACAGAUCCCUAUUAAACCUUUGCAAACCAGUGAGCAUUGUGUUGCAAGAUAUCGGAAAAACGUUGACAGUUCACCAAACUAAAAAAUGCAAUAACCCGGAACGCAUAACUGAACAAUUUAUUGUUCCCGAUAGGGAACAUUUAAAGAUUGAUAAGCAACUAGUUCAAAAAAGAUUAAUUCCCAUUGCUCCAAAUCUAAAAUCUGCUAUCCUGUUAAAUGCAACGAACACUGUUUGUGCGUUAUCACCAUCACACCUACAACCCAUUGCAUUUCCAACAUGUAUUAAUACAGAUACAACACCUCUGUUAUCAUUUAAACGCUACCGCCAUCAGCAAACCAAAACGCUUUUAUUACCACCUGUAGGAGCCACAUGGAACCCUGUUGGUGUUUAUAUAGUAUUUCGUGACCUUUGCACCAAGGAUAUUGAAGCACAUUUCCUUGAUGGCAUCGGUCAUCCCAAAGAAUUUUACAAACUCGAUUUCAAAUCUACGAAGGAAAUAGAAAAAUUCAUAGCAUCCCAAAAGUUUAUGACAUUAGCUUGUUGCUGUUGGUAUAGAAGAGAAGCAUACAUCCAAUGUAUGUCGCCUCGAUUCGUCCCGGUACAAACUGCGCAAUUGUUCAAAAAACCACACAAGUGUCCGAUUUAUAAAUGUACGUGUUGCUGCAAAGGUCUUUUGCGUGUGGUAAGUGAAUUGAAUGAAGCAUCAACUUCUAAGUUGAGUGUAACAGAACCACAAGUGGGCAGUUUGCAUUCAGAUAUUAAAGAGGACGUUAGAAAGUAUACUAAAGAAAAACGUGAUUAUAUUCAAGAACUAUUAUCUAAUUGCAACAGUACAAACUCUUUGAUUGACAGAGCUUUAAGAUUUGAUAGAAAUAAGCAAUUAAAUAAAGUUGUUCAAAAGCCCGUGGCAGCCGAAACAUUUCAAUCGAGAUCUUCUGAAAUUGGAAGUGGUUUAAGCAUCAAAAAUAAUUGUCCAAAAUCUACAAAAGUUAAUGUCAAAUAUACAAUCAAUGGAAGUAAUGAAAUUUACAUGCAAGAUUCCAUUGAAAAAGUAACAUUACACACAAUAGGUGUUCCAGAACACAGCUUACUGAAAAAUGAUAAAGGAAUUGAAAAUAUUUGUUGUUGGUACAAACUUCAAUCAUUGUGCGAAAAAAUUAAUUUGCCCUUAUCAUUUAAAAGUGCUAAACAUUCAUGUCCACUGGAAAAUUGUUGUUGUUGUUGUUACAAACCAGAAAUCAAAAUAGAAAAGCCACGUUUAGUACAUGCUCAUCUUCCGACACGUGUAAGGCACAAUAUGCUAAAUUUCAGUGACUUAGAGCUUACAGAAAUCUUUCAAUCAGUUAAUACCACUGGUGCCACCACUAAAACUACGGAAAAUAAAACGGCUAAUGAAACAACUAAUGAUUCAAUUUUAGCUGAAAUUUUGAAAACACCCAAACGAACUGGGGUAGAAAAAAAUGUGCCCUCUUGCUCCCUUAAGAGUAUACGCUCUGUUCAAGACUAUGUUGAUAAGGUUAUUGUAGAGAGUUUAAAUAGUCCCAAUGUUAAACAUGGAAAGCCGCCUAAAAAACUCAAUUCUAAGAAUCCGCCUGAACGUGCUAAUCCAAAAUCGCUAUAUCCACCACCUAAAGCUUUGACUAAAGUUUCUACAUCUGUUAAAACACCUAUAACGGCUAAGUUGAGUGAACCUUGUCACACUACAUACGUUUCCUCUACUUCUACCCCUAUUAUAAGUGAGAUCUACAGUGGCACGUCUAUUCAGACUGAUGAUUCUUUGUGCUAUCCUGUUAUUACUAAUGUAUUCAGUGUGGCACCUCAGCCUACAGACGUUUCGAAAGCUACUACACCUGUUAUAACUGGUGUAUUCAGUAACUAUUCUCAUACAGACACGUCACUUACUCCUGACCUGCGCGCUAGUACAUCGAAAGGUCUCCCUCAGACUUGUACUAUAAUAGAUUCUCAGGGAAAAAUAGUAGAAUCAGUAAUUAGCACUGUCUUGGAAACGUUCAAAGACGUUCGCCUUACUAUUAAUGAAAACGGAAAAGUAGCUGCGUCACUAAACACUCCUAUACAUGAAUUAAAUACUACAGAACUAAAGAUUUUAGGUAACAUACUAGCACACGCACAGUCAGAGGUUGAAAGUUUAGCGUCAAAACCUGAUAGUAAUGUUAACAAUUCAAUUAACCAGUUACCAUUCGCUGCAGCGAUGAAUACAAUGACUGUUCCAUCAUCCACAAACAACACGCCGAUCACUACCUCUCAUCUCAUCCAGAAAACCUCUUCGCAGUCUACUCAAUCAUUUCCUAUUCUUCUAAUACCUGUAGUUCCUGAACCAACGACACAGACUAUUUACAAGACUUUGUCCGACGAAAUGGGUAAAAAGGCUGAAGAUUAUGUAAAGUCUUAUACGUCAUUUACCACGCUGAAAACUCGUACAAAGCAUAUUAGUUCCACGUUACGGAAUGUUGGAAGUAAAAAAAGGAAAAUGGAACAUUUUGUACCUAUAAAACCAAAAAUUAGAGUUAUUUCUCCUACAAAAUUAGGUGCACCAAGAAGUUUUAUGAAUGAAAGUCCCAAGGAGGAUGAUAAAACAGGUCAAACAUCAAGCGAACCCGUGCCAAACCAUGAAGAUAUCGAGAGUCAAUUGUUUUGCUACUCGAUACCAGUUCUUAAUCGAGGUACGAAAAAUACUUAACUACAGCCUGCUCUAACGCAUAUGCUCAUUAUCUAUAACGCUUACUGUUUGCGCGUUAUAGAUAAUGAGUAUAUUAUUCAUAAAACAGACAUUGAAGACCAAGAUCUUCUGUAAAGGCUCUUUACAUAUCGAAAUUGACAUCUCAUUAUCACUGCUUAGAUCCUUCAUUAUGGUUUAUAUUGUCCGUGCAAUAAAGCUGUUAAUAAAAAAAAUAUUUGCAACGUGGCAAUGAUCAUGAUGAAACUAAAUUUCCUUUAAUUUCCUUUAAUAUUUAAACAAUCUGAGCACUACGUGACGUGAAACUGUGGUUGAGCACAUCAUGCAUGACACUUUUUGGAUUUUGGACCAUUAUAAUAAGCAGCGCGUAGAGUUUAAUUUAAACCUUACAAGUGUCCAGCUUGAAUUGACAUGCUUCGGACUAUGUUCGAUUCUUGGUAAUAGUAAGAAACAAGUUUUUUAAAUGGAUUGUGUCUAAAUUUGUCUAGUAUCCUAAAUUUGUCUAGUAUCCAGCUGAUUCUGUUGAUUAUUAAAAUAUGUCGUCAAAGUAUAUAUAAGCUUAAGGAGAGCCACAGAAUAUUGUGAAAGAAUAUUCUUCCCAUUAAUUUAUCAUUUACAUUUUAAUAAAAAUACUAAUGUAAAUAAGUAUUCGGUAUUGUUUGUUUUUAAAAAACACCAAGCACUGAAACAUGUUAAAGGCAUGUGAGGGUGGAUUCGAAUGCGUGCGGCAGUUAAUUUGUAAGCUCGUAUUUAAAAUGGCUGUAAUAGUAAUUUGUGGAAACAUUUAAAACUUGGUCAGUUAUAAUAAAUAAAUACACGUACUAUCGAUCUAUACGAGUCUACGCUAGUAAUGCAACGGAAGUGUUAUGACGGAAACAGAUGUCGAAUAUAGUAAUACAUAUAAUAAUAUUUUAGCGGAAACAGAAGCGGAAGCGGAAAUGUAAAUACUACAAAGAACUCUACAAAAUAUUCCCCAACGAAGCUUGUUUUUGGUUACACAAUUCAUGCAAUUAUUACACAACCCAACAGUACUGAAAAACGCGCGCUCCACUGCCAAGUUAUCCGCGCCUAAUCCGUCGCAAACUUUGAAAACUUUUGAUAUUAAAGUUCCGUUAUAAAAGUUGCGGAAGCAGAAGCAGAGGUCUGUUGCAUCACUAGUCUACGAACACUAGUAUGGCCAUUAAUUGAAUUAUUGUUUAUCACCUGGAAAUAUGUAGACGACACUGUGACCGUGCCUACAUAAUGUUGUAUGUAAAACCAAGUUAUAUUAUGUAAUGAUUGUUAAAUUACCUCCAGUUGAUGUAAAUAAUAAACACUUAAAUAACAAACAUUUAUUACAUCCCUAUUUUAUUGGCGUACCCAAACAGGGUUCGAAUUAUAAAGAUAUUUAUAUUCUUUGAUAAUUAUCCAUGCUGCUGCCGCAAAUAAUUGCGGAAUUGCAUAAUUGAUUCCGUCUUCCCCUUUCGAGGUCAAAUGCGCACUUAUUUUUUUUUUUAUAAAAAAAGCCUUAAAAUGACAAACAGUAAAAAACUAAAUUGAAGAACUGAAUUGAAGGAAAAUCUUUGGCAUCUUUGGCGUUUUCUUGUUCCAAUAUUUUUUUAAAUAUCUAAAACCAUCUUGGCAAUUAUCAGUAAUACUUAUCAUAUCGCACCCUAUCCAAAAGUAAUUAAUGUGCUAGUAGCUUUCCGUAUGGAAAACCGUUUGAGAGGUUUCUCGCAUGACUGUAGGUAUAGUCGAAAGAAUACUGACCUCUCGUUUUAAGAUUUAAACUGUUUAACCGACUUAAAAAAAG